GCGGCGCAGCGCGGGGAUCGCGGAGCGGCGGCCCGUCCCGCGGGCGCUGGCCCCGCCCCGCGGCGGCCGGGGCGGAAGCGGGAGGCGGGGUCGCGGCGCGCGCCGAGUCUUCCUCCCGCGCGGCUGCUCUCGGUGUCGCGGCGGCCCGCGGCGCAGUCUGCCCCAUGGCGCUGUGCAACGGAGACUCCAAGCUGGAGAACGCGGGUGGGGACCUCAAGGAUGGCCGUCCGCACUACGAGGGUGCCGUGGUCAUCCUGGACGCGGGCGCACAGUACGGCAAAGUCAUUGACCGCCGGGUGCGGGAGCUGCUGGUGCGGUCAGAGAUCUUCCCCCUGGAGACCCCCGCCUUCGCCAUCAAGGAGCAGGGCUUCCGCGCCAUCAUCAUCUCGGGGGGCCCCAACUCCGUGUACGCCGAGGACGCGCCCUGGUUCGACCCGGCCAUCUUCACCAUCGGCAAGCCCGUGCUGGGCAUCUGCUACGGCAUGCAGAUGAUGAACAAGGUGUUCGGGGGCACCGUGGACAGGAAGAGCGUGCGCGAGGACGGCGUCUUCAGCAUCUCCGUGGACAGCACCUGCUCCCUCUUCAGGGGCCUGCAGAAGGAGGAGAUUGUGCUGCUCACUCACGGGGACAGCGUGGACAAGGUCGCCGACGGGUUCAAGGUUGUCGCCCGGUCCGGGAACAUCGUGGCAGGCAUUGCCAGUGAGUCCAAGAAGCUGUUCGGGGUGCAGUUCCACCCUGAGGUGGGCCUCACGGAGAACGGGAAGGCGAUCCUGAAGAACUUCCUCUACGACAUCGCCGGCUGCAGCGGCACCUUCACCGUGCAGCGCCGCGAGCUUGAGUGUAUCCGAGAGAUCCAGGAGCAGGCGGGCACCUCCAAAGUGCUGGUGCUGCUCAGCGGCGGUGUGGACUCGACCGUGUGCACGGCGCUGCUGCACCGCGCCCUGAGCCGCGAGCAGGUGCUGGCCGUGCACAUCGACAACGGCUUCAUGCGGAAGCGCGAGAGCCAGUCCGUGGAGGAGGCCCUGAGGAAGCUGGGCAUCCAGGUCAAAGUCAUCAACGCAGCUCACUCUUUCUACAACGGCACGACCACUUUGCCCAUCUCCGACGAGGAUAGAACCCCCCGGAAGAGGAUCAGCAAGACCUUGAACAUGACCACGAGUCCCGAGGAGAAACGGAAGAUCAUCGGGGACACGUUUGUUAAGAUCGCCAACGAGGUCAUUGGGGAGAUGAACCUGAAGCCCGAGGAGGUGUUCCUGGCCCAGGGCACCCUGCGGCCGGACCUCAUCGAGAGCGCGUCCCUCAUCGCCAGCGGCAAGGCCGAGCUCAUCAAGACACACCACAACGACACGGAGCUGAUCCGGAAGCUGCGGGAGGAGGGGAAAGUGAUAGAACCCUUGAAGGAUUUCCACAAAGACGAAGUCAGAAUUUUGGGCCGCGAGCUCGGCCUCCCAGAGGAGCUGGUUUCCAGGCAUCCCUUCCCAGGUCCCGGGCUGGCCAUCAGAGUGAUAUGUGCAGAGGAGCCUUACAUCUGUAAGGACUUCCCCGAGACCAACAACAUUCUGAAAAUAGUAGCUGAUUUUUCUGCAAGUGUUAAAAAGCCGCACACGCUGCUGCAGAGGGUGAAGGCCUGCACCAGCGAGGAGGACCAGGAGAAGCUGAUGCACAUCACCAGCCUGCACACGCUCAGCGCCUUCCUGCUGCCCAUCAAGACCGUGGGCGUGCAGGGCGACUGCCGCUCCUACAGCUACGUGUGCGGGAUCUCCAGUAGGGACACGCCUGACUGGGAGUCGCUGCUCUUCCUGGCCAGGCUCAUCCCGCGCAUGUGCCACAACAUCAACAGGGUGGUCUACGUCUUCGGGCCCCUGGUGAAGGAGCCCCCGAGCGACGUCACCCCCACCUUCCUGACCACGGGCGUGCUCAGCACCCUGCGCCAGGCCGACUUCGAGGCCCACACCAUCCUCCGGGAGUCCGGCUACGCCGGGAAGGUCAGCCAGAUGCCGGUGAUCCUGACCCCGCUGCACUUUGACCGGGACCCCCUGCAGAAGCAGCCAUCCUGCCAGAGGUCCGUGGUCAUCCGCACGUUCAUCACCAGCGACUUCAUGACCGGGGUCCCCGCCACCCCCGGCAGCGAGAUCCCCGUGGAGGUGGUGCUGAAGAUGGUGGCCGAGAUCAAGAAGAUCCCCGGCAUCUCCCGGGUCAUGUACGACCUCACCUCCAAGCCCCCCGGCACCACCGAGUGGGAGUAAUAAAGCCCUGUCUGCCCGCA